AUGGUGCCAAUCUGCUUCGCUCUCGCGACUACGCUGAUGGUACUGAUGGCGUCAUACAGAGGACUUCACGCUCAGAUGAUCACGGAUGCUAAACGUUUGUUAACCAAUUUAAUGCAGAAUUACGACAACAAUUUCCGACCUGUGUUAAACCAGUCGAAACCAGUUGUUGUAUAUACUGGGUUAGAUCUCAUCUCGAUUCAAGAUUUUAACGAAGUCGACGAGAAAAUAUCGUUUACGGCCAUUCUAUUACUUGAAUGGUACGAUGAGCAACUUAUUUGGGACCCCAAGGAUAAUGGUGGUAUUAAAAGCCUCAAUAUUGACGUCAACAUGAUUUGGACUCCGCAAAUGAUGCUAACUAACAGUGUCGGGAAAAUAGACCGUAUCUCUGAGGAUUGGCAUGCAGUAAGUGUUACUGACUUGGGACGUUGCUUUUAUUAUAUUGGCAACGUGUUUACUUCAUCUUGCGAUGUCGACGUUACUUUUUAUCCAUGGGAUAAACAGACAUGCAGUUUUGAGUUCAUGCCGGCCAAUUACGACACCAGUAAGAUCAAGCUUUCCCCAUCCGAAAGCAACGUGUUGUUGAACCACUACUCUGGGAAUGGCGCAUGGGAUCUCGUUAGUACCGGUGUGAAAACACAACUAGGCGAUUACAUGGUGGUGUUCGAGAUUGAGUUAGAGAGAAAGCCGCGAUUUGUGAUAGUAAAUGUGAUACUUCCACUGAUAUUCAUGUCUGUUUUGAAUAUCAUGGUCUUUUUGAUACCCACUGAGUGCGGAGAGCGCAUCUCCUACUGUCUGACUGUGCUGCUAUCAAUUGCUGUCUUCUUAACACUGGUGGGAGACAACCUCCCGAAGAACUCGAGCCCGAUGUCGCUUUUAAGCUAUUAUCUGGUGUCGGUGCUCGUCAUCAGCGUCGCCAUCACGCUCGCUGUCAUAUGCAGCCUGCACUUGUACCACAGAAGUGGCAGGCAACCGGCGGCCGCGUGGAGAGCAAUUGCCAGCUGUCUUAGCUGCGGUUGUGCUCGGCGGACAGCGUCAGGCAGUUCAUACACGGCUUAUCGAAGCGAUGAUGACACGUUUGAGAGGACAGAACAGGCGAAGUACAGUAGUUCCCACGAUAUGAAUUUAAUGCCGUUCCCGACAUACACUCGUGGAGUAAUAAUGGACCGACCAUUAUAUAUUAACAGGGGUUUGUCUUCAGAUCGUCCGGAGACCACAAAACGACCGAGGGCAAAAAUGCGCGACGAUGAAACGAGUAGCGCAUUCGUGGAAAUUACGUGGGCAGAUGUGAGCGUUGCCUUGGAUAAAAAAUUCCCAAUGAAAAGAGUUGAAAAACAUAAGGGGUACUCUCCAUCAGCACUCACAAAUGCUUACAAACUUGUAAAAGAAACGGGGAUCCCUAUUAAAACUGCUGCUAGACAGUAUGGAGUGCCACACAAUACCCUUCGCGAUAGGAUAAAAGGCCGCGUGGAUCCAGAAACCACGAUGACAGGUUCUGGUCCACUAUUUAAAUUGGAAGAGGAGGCAAAGGUGCGAGAAUGA